AUGACCCAAGACAAGCUCUGCAACAAAUGCCUUGCUGAAGAUGAACAAGUUCUCGCAACUCAUCACUGCUCUGAAUGCAACCAAAACUAUUGUGGUGCCCACUUGCAUUUACACAAUACAUCGAACAAGACUAAAUCUCAUGCCGAAACUGGAAAGGUUUCUAAAAUUCUGUCCAAUGCCUCAUUAUUACCAAGUUUAAAGCAACAUGUUGAUUUGCCAAGUUUGUCCAAACCAAAAUGUAGCGCAAUUGACUUGAAGCAUGGCUCCUUGUUUGUGGCCAACGAUUUAAUCAUUGUGGAAUUUGACUUGGCCACCAAGAAAGUCAAAGCUUCAUUCAAAGAGCCACAAGAAGAUGCACCUUUCAAAAUGUGUUACGAUCAAAAUGACAAUGCACUUGUCUAUUGUAUUGACAGAGGUGCAUAUUUUGACAUUACCAAAGUGUCAAGAGAUGGAAAGAAAAUCUUUUGGAGUAUUAAUAAGCAAUCAAGAGUUCGUGAUAUGUGCAUUGAUAGACAUGAUGGAAGCAUUUAUACCAUUCAAAAGGAUGGAUCAAUUAUUAAAACUGACAAGACAGGAAAUGUCAUUAGCAGAGUUUCAAGAGUAAGUCCAGGAGCUGCAAGUAGACUUACAUUGGAUCCAAGCGGUCAACUUCUCUAUUAUAUUGGAGAUGAAGGUCUUGAAUCUACUAAAUUGGAUGGAUCUUGUUUGACUCUUUUCAAGAAUGAAAACGCUGAUUCUGAUCACAAGUUUGAACUUGAUGGAGGAGAAGGAUUGGAGAUGGGAAUUGAUUUUACAACUGGAGAGUUCUAUGUCACUAAUGUUUACAAGAGAAAGGUUCAAGUUUUCAAAUAAAUCAAUUUGUGAGAUAAUGUU